UAGCAAGCUUAGCUUCCAACUCCUCUUUCGUGUUGUGUCAACCAAAUUUUGAAAUUCCAUCACCACUAUGCUGGUGAGCUGCCCGGUGGUUUGUCCGGUUGAGAAACUGGUCAAGGAACUGAAAAAGCACCACGUGAUUCCCCGUCUGCUGGCCUGCCAGCCCACGAAGGUGAUCAGUGUGCUAUAUCCCUGCGAUAUCGACAUCAAGCCGGGCAUUAUGAUAGUGAUUAAUGAGGCGCUCAACCAACCGAUCAUUCGAUUCAAGGCCAUUCCGGAGCAGUUCCACACGCUGAUGAUGGUGGACUUGGACGUGCCACCCGACAAUCACACGGAGUGGCUCAUUUGGAUGGUGGGCAAUAUUCCGGGCUGCGAUGUCGCCAUGGGUCAGACGCUGGUGGCCUACGACAAUCGGCGGACCAUCCAGGGUGAAAACAUCCAUCGAAUCGUCUUCCUGGCCUUCAAGCAGUAUCUGGAGCUCGAUUUCGACGAGACUUUCAUUCCCGAGGGCGAGGAGAAGGGUCGUGCCACCUUCAAUUGCCACAAAUUUGCGAGGAAGUAUGCACUGGGCAAUCCGAUGGCCGCCAAUUUCUAUCUGGUGGAAUGGAUGUGGCGGUGGACACCCACCUUCCUGUCCUCGGAACAUGAUAUAGAACAUUUUAAAUAAAAUGGAAUAAAAUCGCGGAGUUUGAAACUGGUGUUCU